AUGGGCACACUGGGUAUUUGUGAAGGAGAGAACAGACUUGCUGAGAAGCCCUUGCCACUCCCAGGUGAAAGUGUGGGACCCAGAUCCAGUGUCCAUGAAGCUGGCCCUGCCACUAAUUCUUCCAACCCACCCAUUGCCUGUGAGCUCACCUGUCAUGCUUUCUGCAUAUUUUCACUUGUAGUGUGUCCCAGCAUGGAUAUCCGGAACAACCUCACGAGGCUGCACGAGCUGGCCAACUGCUCGGUCAUCGAAGGACAUUUGCAGAUACUGUUGAUGUUCAAAACGAGGCCCGAGGAUUUCCGAGACCUCAGUUUCCCCAACCUCAUCAUGAUCACUGAUUACUUGCUGCUGUUUCGGGUCUAUGGGCUGGAGAGCCUGAAGGACCUAUUCCCCAACCUCACGGUCAUCCGGGGCUCCCGGCUCUUCUUCAACUAUGCGCUGGUCAUCUUCGAGAUGGUUCACCUGAAGGAGCUCGGCCUCUACAGCCUGAUGAACAUCACCCGGGGGUCCGUCCGCAUUGAGAAGAACAAUGAGCUCUGCUACCUGGCGACCAUCGACUGGUCGCGCAUCCUGGACUCGGUGGAGGAUAAUUACAUCGUGCUCAACAAAGAUGACAAUGAAGAGUGUGGGGACAUCUGUCCAGGCACUGCAAAGGGCAAGACCAACUGCCCUGCCACUGUCAUCAAUGGACAGUUCGUCGAGCGGUGUUGGACUCACAGCCAUUGCCAGAAAGUCUGCCCGACCAGCUGUAAGUCGCACGGCUGCACUGCUGAAGGCCUCUGCUGCCACAGCGAGUGCCUGGGCAACUGCUCGGAGCCCAACGACCCCACCAAGUGCGCGGCCUGCCGCCACUUCUACCUGGACGGUCGGUGCGUGGAGACCUGCCCGCCCCCGUACUAUCACUUCCAGGACUGGCGCUGUGUGAACUUCAGCUUCUGCCAGGACCUGCACAACAGAUGCAAGAACUCGCGGAGGCCGGGCUGCCACCAGUAUGUCAUUCACAACAACAAGUGCAUUCCUGAGUGUCCCUCUGGAUACACGAUGAAUUCCAGCAACUUGAUGUGCACUCCGUGUCUGGGCCCCUGUCCCAAGGUCUGUCACCUCCUGGAAGGCGAGAAGACCAUCGACUCCGUGACAUCUGCCCAGGAGCUCCGAGGCUGCACCGUCAUCAACGGGAGCCUGAUCAUCAACAUCCGAGGGGGCAACAACCUGGCAGCUGAGCUAGAGGCCAACCUUGGCCUCAUUGAGGAAAUUUCAGGGUAUCUGAAAAUCCGCCGUUCCUAUGCUCUCGUGUCACUUUCCUUCUUCCGGAAGUUACGUCUGAUUCAGGGGGACACCUUGGAAAUCGGGAACUACUCUUUCUAUGCAUUGGACAACCAAAACCUAAGGCAGCUAUGGGACUGGAACAAACACAACCUCACCAUCACUCAGGGGAAACUCUUCUUCCACUAUAAUCCCAAACUCUGCUUGUCGGAAAUUCACAAGAUGGAAGAAAUUUCAGGAACCAAGGGGCGCCAGGAGAGGAACGACAUUGCCCUGAAGACCAAUGGGGACCAGGCGUCCUGUGAAAAUGAAUUACUUAAAUUUUCUUACAUUCGGACAUCUUUUGACAAGAUCUUGCUGAGAUGGGAGCCAUACUGGCCCCCUGACUUCCGAGACCUUCUGGGGUUCAUGCUCUUCUACAAAGAGGCGCCUUACCAGAACGUGACGGAGUUUGACGGCCAGGAUGCGUGUGGAUCCAAUAGCUGGACAGUGGUGGACAUUGACCCCCCUCUAAGGUCCAAUGACCCUAAGUCGCAGAACCACCCUGGGUGGCUGAUGCGGGGCCUCAAGCCCUGGACUCAGUACGCCAUCUUCGUGAAGACCUUGGUCACCUUUUCUGAUGAACGUCGCACAUAUGGGGCCAAGAGCGAUAUCAUCUAUGUCCAGACAGAUGCCACCAAUCCUUCCGUCCCCCUGGAUCCCAUCUCGGUUUCGAACUCUUCAUCCCAGAUUAUCCUGAAGUGGAAGCCUCCCUCUGACCCCAACGGCAACAUCACUCACUACCUGGUCUUCUGGGAGAGGCAGGCAGAAGACAGUGAGCUGUUCGAGUUGGAUUAUUGCCUCAAAGGGUUGAAGCUGCCCUCCCGGACUUGGUCUCCACCGUCUGAGUUGGAGGGGUCCCAGAAGCACAACCAGAGUGAGUACGAGGAGUCUGCCGGCGAAUGCUGCUCCUGCCCCAAGACUGACUCCCAGAUUCUGAAGGAACUAGAGGAGUCCUCGUUCAGGAAGACGUUUGAGGAUUACCUGCACAAUGUGGUUUUCGUGCCCAGGCCAUCAAGGAAACGCAGGGCCCUCGGCGAGGAGGGGAAUGUGACGACGGUCGUGCCCACAGCUCCGGGUUUCCCCAAUACCUCCUCAACGAUCGUGCCCACAAGCUGGGAGGAGCAGCGGCCCUUCGAGAAAGUGGUGAACAAGGAGUCGCUGGUCAUCUCCGGCCUGCGCCACUUCACUGGCUACCGCAUCGAGCUGCAGGCUUGCAACCAGGAUUCGCCCGAGGAAAGGUGCAGCGUGGCGGCCUAUGUCAGCGCCAGGACCAUGCCCGAAGCCAAGGCAGAUGACAUUGUUGGUCCCGUGACCCAUGAAAUCUUCGAGAACAACAUCGUUCAUUUGAUGUGGCAGGAGCCAAAGGAGCCCAACGGUCUGAUUGUGCUGUAUGAAGUGAGUUACCGACGAUAUGGAGAUGAGGAGCUGCACCUCUGUGUGUCCCGCAGGCAUUUUGCUCUGGAGCGGGGCUGCAGGCUGCGUGGGCUGCCUCCGGGCAAUUACAGCGUGAGGAUACGGGCCACCUCCCUGGCGGGCAAUGGUUCCUGGACGGACCCCACCUAUUUUUAUGUGGCAAACUACUUAGAUGUUCCAUCAAAUAUUGCAAAAAUCGUCAUCGGCCCCCUUGUCUUUGUCUUUCUCUUCAGUGUUGUGAUUGGAAGUAUUUACCUGUUCCUGAGGAAGAGGCAGCCAGAUGGGCCGAUGGGACCACUCUAUGCUUCUUCAAACCCUGAGUACCUCAGUGCCAGCGAUGUGUUCCCCUGUUCUGUAUACGUGCCGGAUGAGUGGGAAGUGCCUCGGGAUAAGAUCACCCUCCUGCGAGAGCUGGGGCAGGGCUCCUUCGGCAUGGUGUAUGAGGGCAACGCCAAGGACAUCAUCAAGGGCGAGGCAGAGACUCGAGUGGCGGUGAAGACAGUCAACGAGUCGGCCAGUCUGCGGGAGCGGAUCGAGUUUCUCAACGAGGCCUCAGUCAUGAAAGGCUUCACCUGCCAUCACGUGGUCCGGCUCCUCGGGGUGGUGUCCAAAGGCCAGCCUACGCUGGUGGUGAUGGAGCUGAUGACUCACGGAGACCUGAAGAGCCACCUUCGGUCCCUGCGGCCUGACGCCGAGAAUAACCCCGGCCGCCCGCCCCCCACCCUGCAAGAGAUGAUUCAGAUGGCGGCGGAGAUCGCUGAUGGCAUGGCCUAUCUGAACGCCAAGAAGUUCGUGCACCGGGACCUCGCGGCUCGAAACUGCAUGGUGGCCCACGAUUUUACCGUCAAAAUCGGAGACUUUGGAAUGACCAGAGACAUCUAUGAAACGGACUAUUACCGGAAAGGCGGCAAGGGCCUGCUUCCUGUGCGCUGGAUGGCACCUGAGUCUUUGAAGGACGGGGUCUUUACCACUUCCUCUGACAUGUGGUCCUUCGGCGUGGUCCUUUGGGAAAUCACCAGCUUGGCAGAACAGCCUUACCAAGGCCUCUCUAAUGAGCAGGUGUUGAAAUUUGUCAUGGAUGGAGGGUAUCUGGAGCAACCUGAAAAUAGUCCAGAGAGACUCAACGAAUUGAUGCGCAUGUGCUGGCACUUCAACCCCAAAAUGAGGCCGACCUUCCUAGAGAUCGUCGACCUGCUUAAGGACGACCUGCACCCCAGCUUUCCGGAAGUUUCUUUCUUCUACAGUGAUGAGAACAAGGCUCCUGAGAGCGAGGAGUUGGAGAUGGAGUUUGAGGACAUGGAGAGUGUACCCCUGGACCGGUCCUCACACUCUCAGAGGGAGGACGAUGGGGGGUCCUCGCUAGGCCGAAAGCGGAGUUACGAGGAUCACAUCUCCUACACCCACAUGAACGGGGGCAAGAAAAAUGGACGGGUCCUGACUCUGCCACGGUCCAGUCCUUCCUAACAGCGCCUGUUUGGGGGAGGGGAUCCCACCUUCACUCUCCUCUAGUUUGAAGGUCUCCAGAAAACUCAGGAUUUUCCCAUGACUCUGCCAGUGUCCAGUGGAGCUGAGAGAUCAUUGCUCUCCGCUCCUGUUUAUGGUACAACUUAAAACACAUCUGUUUGAUUGCCAAUCUGACUAGGGAUCAGAAUGUAACUGUGAACAGAGAGGGGAGGGGUUUCCACAACUUCUGUCCUUUCCAGCAAUGUUGGCACCAAGCCAGGAUGUUACUUCUUAGUUUCUAGUCAAUUGAAAGAAAGCACCUGUUUUUACAAAGGAUUUUUUUUUUGGUGGACGGGGGCUGGUGUGUGAGCUACAGUAUAAAACAUAAAACUUGUUUGUGGAACAAAAGUUUGAAAGAAAGAAAAAACACACAAACCCUGUUCCAGUAGAAUUCCAAGCUUUAUGGAGUGAACUUUAGGAAGAUUUGUCUCAUUCAGGCUGAAGAAUUUUUUUGUUUUCCUUCACAAAAGUAGUUCCUCAAAUUGACCAAUAGCUGCUGCUUUUAUACUUUCGGUAAGAAUCUGCAGUCCCAGCGUGCGUGUGCAUGUGUAUUCAGGGUAGACACGACUGGUGUUUGUGUGUGUUGUGUGUGUGCGCGCGCAGAGCACUCAUGCUGAGAUGAAGGUUUGGGGAUUGGCUCAUGAAGGUUCCACUUUUCCAAGUGUGUGAGCAUCCUGGUUCCCCCUCCUUCCUUCGUACUCACUGGGAGACUAAGCCCUCGACAGGUUCUCACGUGCCCUAGUCCAGCCUCAGGCGUCUUCUCUCCCUUAACUUUGGUGAUAAAUGUUUUUCCAGGAGCUGAGGGUUGGUUUGGAAUGAUAAUGGAUCUUUUCAAGACCAAACAAAGCCAGGACCUAAAAAAAGAAAAAGAAAAGGAAAAAAGUCUCCCGAGAUGAUGAAUUUUGAGAAUAUAUUUGUAACAUAUUUAAUUUUUUAAAAAUCUCCAAUCAGCCUCAUAAGUUAUUGCCUGUUUCCUGGUUUGGGGGAGGGCUGGUGUGUUAGGCCCGGGUGGGCAUGGAGAGCUAGGCACCAGGGGCCUCCUUGCUUGGUCUCCAAAGCACCUGUUUUGCUGGGAAUAGCCACGUUCGCUGCUAACCCUCUUGGAUGUGGGAGGCCAUGCUGAGGGUGUGGGCAGUUGGGUUUGAUGGAUGGUUAGGUUUCUGCUUGGGUAAGCUGGAAGCCACCUGGAGCUGAGCCCUGCCUUCGAACAUACUUGUGGCUCUUGGACGUCCUGCUUCCCUGUGUGUGCCUCACGCCCUUCCUCACUGGGCGUGCCUAUCCUCCGGUUAUUCUGCAAACACGACAAGAUCGGAUCCUAACGUGUCACGGCACAAAUGGACUGGAGAACACUAAGCAGUCUGAAGCGAGAGACACCUAUCGGUCUGUCCUCUCCGUCCUCCGCAUCCGACUGUCCUCAGAACUGACUUCCCAGAAGCUGCUCUGUGCUGUGACUUCAGCCGGGCCAGGUGUGGGGCCUGAGCGGAACUCUCAGGUGCUUGCGCUGUUGCAGCCCCUAAGAAAGUAGAGCCCGGGGAGGAGCCGCCAAGGACCUUCACACUCCCCAGAACUUCUGAACCAGCGAGAAUCCAGUUUCUUCCCUUCGGGGAAAAGAACCACAGCUGCUCAAAUAAAGAACACAGUGAACUUGUUACGUUGGUUCAUCGGAAUCAUCACCCUGGUUACCCCCGAGUGCAUUUUCUCACAAGUUUUUGAUGACUUCCUCCUCUUCUCUCAGGAGUUGUGGGCUUAAGAACAGAUAGAGACGCAGUGGUGACCUCCAAACUCCUCAAUUCCUGAUGGAGAACGCAGGGAGACACAAAUCCCAAUCGUCUGCUGCUCUCUCAUUUAUAAGGUUGAGAAAUUAGAGCACGUAAAAGAUUUCUGGGGAGCCUCUGUGGCCAUGAUUGGGUACAAGGAGCAAGAGUACAGAAGUUAUCUUCACCAAAUUUAUUCUCUACAUAGAAGAGGGUCUGUAUGUACAUUUUAAAAAACCACGUAGAUCUAGGUAUUAUGUUCUUUUCAUAGUAAAUUAGUAGUGGCUGUAGACGACACUUGCAGCAAUUUUCACAUUUUUCUAAUUCAGAAAGGUUUUCUUACAUUAGGGGGAAAAUAAUUUAUUUUAAUAUAUAAAAUCACUGUAAAAAUCAUUUUCCUAAAAAAUGGAGUGCACGUCAAUUUUUAUCACAGAAAAAUAAACAGGUGAAUGUGGGCAAUGAUUCUUUCCCAGCACAGUCUACCUCAGCACUGUGAGGAUGAGGUUCGAUAAUGGACAUUUUUGCGACUUCAGAAUUCUGCCAGGAUCCAGCCUGAGUCAGGGAGAGUCUGUAUCGGCUGAUUCCGAAUGCCAGGGGCCAGUCAGAAAUUUGAGGGAGGGGUUUGGGAGAAGGGGUGGCCUUCUGUGAGCAUAGAUCCUUUUUCUGGCAGAUAAUCGUCUUCUCGGAUUUUAAUCUUCCUUCUGAUUUUAAUCUUCCUUUUUUUUUUUUUUAAAUCUCCAUUGACACCAUGCUUCCCAAACAGAAACCAAAUGUUGUGUCAUUGUUGUGUAUCUGAUGAGUGGGGUGCCCAGACCUGAGCUGCUCACCUUUGGAGGGAGGUGUUGCUCUCUGCCCUAGGGUAAAGCAGGUUUUGUUGCAGAGCUGGCAUCUCCUUGUGCCACUGCAUCCCCCUGAAGUGAGCACCAAGGUGCCGUGGCUGUUCCCUUAGCCCCACCCCUUUCAGACUGAGAUGCUGUUUGGGGGUGCAUCAGAUCACACUCGUGGGCACCUCACACACAAACACGCAAUGCACUGUCUCCUAGGAGGUGUGCUGAGAAAUCCCAACCCCAACCCACCAGCUUGCUGAAGACAUUUCUUAGCAGCGAAACCUUGCAGCCCCAUGUUGUGGUUUGGUGAUCUCUAGCAGAUACCGUUUGACCUUGUGGGGCUUUGAGAACCGUGUGUAAGUCCUGACAGGGCCGCAGGGCUAUUAUCAUAGUCGCCACACCUUGCUGCACUUGUCAUACUUAUAAGGACUGCCCCUGCGGAUGCCCUUGUCUCUGCUUGCCCCGGAGAGGUGGGAUAGAGUGCUGGGCCCCCUUGGGAGUGGGAUUUUACACACUUGACAGCUGUCUCUGCUGUUGCAGUGACAAGUGUGAGCAGCUGUUGGAUCACAAACCUCCUUUUGCACCAGGCAAUGUUGACUUUGUUCCUAGAAAGUCAUGGUUGUCCUGGGGGUUGUGAUGGCUUACAAAGCAACAAAGCCAGCUUAGGUUGACACUUUUUGUUUGUUUUUAAAGAUGUCUCGCUAUUAUGAAAACCCUUUUCAGCCAUGUGCUGAAAUCCACAGUUCAUUCUGAGACAAGAAUACCAAACAUAUUGCUUUCUCCCUGGACCAGUGAUGUCAAACACGUGUCUGGGAAUGUUCAUAUUCUGGGAGCUGUCCUGGGUGCUCUCCUGCCGUCUCAAGCUGGUAGGAAGGGAGAAACGCCGCUGGUUCUCUUGGAGAGAUGUUGAGCACCACUGAGAAAAUGUGGGAAUUGAUGCAGGGCUCUGCACACGCAACCCACGACCACAGGAGACGGCUGCUCACGGAUGGACAGAGCUGUCACUGUCUCCCACAAGAGUGGACAGGAUGCCCUGAAAUGUACUUGUUGGGUUGGAAGAUGUUUAUUUGCAGCUGUCAUAACAUUGGUCAGGGCAUGGCCCCUGCCAGCUGUCUGAGGACGUGGAUGUGCUGUAGUCUCAGCGACAAUCAUUUUACUACUUGGGUGGAAGCUUGGUGUUAAAGACUUUUGGGUGCUUUUUGGCGAGCCCUUGACCCCUCAGGCUAUUCAGAAAGGAUGGUUUGCUGGGGGUGGGGAAAGGAAAUGCUGAUUGUAUAUAUGGUGCAUGUAGAAUGGUGUCCUUUCAGAAAACCUGGAAUGUUUUCAGAAUAUUGAUUUAUGCCAGAGGUGAGGUUGGAAAUGGACAGAACAGAUUGGCAUGCGUUCUUUUCAGACACACAAAAUAAGGGUCAGGGGCUGCAACUGAAGGUGAAUGUUUCCUUAGGGUCCCCCAGAAACAGGGAAACGACGUUUUGCACUUGCUGUCACCUCAUGCCAGUCAAGGCCCAGACAGCCUCCAGCCAGAUUGUUAUUUGGGCAGGGGCCCCAAAAGUCCUUGUUAAAAAACAUCAUGAAUCUGAGGCUCUUCGUUCCAUUUGAGAAGGAAGGAGCAGCCCCAAAAUGAGUGUGUGCACACAGACGUUGACAAGUGGCUUAAGCUGUCCCACUCUGUGUCUGGGGAGGGUUGCUUCAGCCCUGUGUGUGAGCAGCAGACACCUCCCAUCCACCCUCAGCCUCACAGGAUCAAAUGUGCCUCGGCUUAUGUGGAAAACAACUUGGAAACACAAAACACACCAAAUAGCUCAAUUACUAUUUUCAGUGUUUUCCUGUAAGAGCCAAGUAAUGCCAUGUACAGAAUAUGCCUUCUUUGGGGGUGGGGUGGGGGGGGAUUAUUGAAAUAGCUCUGCAUGUAAAACAUGGGGUAAUUACCUGUUUAUAUGAAAAUUCUGAAUAAAUUAUCUGAAAAUA